AGCAGAUCUUUGAUUGAUGAGAGACGACUGAUAGUCAUCCGUUCGCAACGUAGAGCCUGUUACGUACGUAAAUUGGCUGAAGUUGCAAUGCCCCAUAUGCACAGAGACAUAAAAUCGUCAGGCCAAACCCUAUAAUUCUUGGGUGGUGAUAGAAAAGACUAGCCGUCAAAGAUACGGUUCAACAAACAUCAAUUAACGAAAUAAAGGUACAACGGGAAUGAGAAACGCAGAAGCUUGGAACUUGGAGACGACAAAGAAUGGAUGCACUUGUGUUAUUAUAAACGGUUUUGAGCCAUGUCAUCCAAAGUUUUUAACCAAUGGCUACGAAAAACAUGCAGAUCCCGAAUCGAUCGUUACAAGGGGACCAAAACCACUAGGUAGAUCAAUAAAACGUUAUCUGGACAACCUCAGAGUUUUACAGACUUGGUCUUCAGCAAAGGUUCUUCUGGUAUAAUGUGAUGAUAUUUCCACCCAUUGCUUGAUCCAUUUGACCAGUAAAACAAAGUAUAUGGUUCAGCAUUUCGUACGUUAUAAACAUUUUAUUUAAUUUUCAGGAGGAUGGGUGGCUUAUUCUAGACAUGAGGUUGUAGUAUCUCACUCGGUCCAACUUUCUUUUGAAUGCGUUGAGAGACAAAGCUACGGAAACAUUUGUUAUUCAUGAAACGACUGUCUUGAACCCUUCACAAGACUUUGAGAUGACUUUAAUGAAAUCCCUGACAUUAUGGUUCUCAACACAGUUUUUCGAUCAUUGUGCUGCAGGUAGACUUGAAAGCUAUUUUCGCCUUCAAAUAAUGAAUUUUGUCAGUAAGUAUAAGCAAAUCUGUCGGUCCUACAAAAUCACUUAUGGGAUAAAGGUUGUUUCCGCAUUUCUAGUCUUUAUACAAAAGCCUCAUUCAAAAAUUAGUCUGUGUUGUUAAGCCAGUUUGAUGAGAUAACAUAGUUUCCAGUUACCAGCAUGUCACUGCCCUAUGUCUAAGCAAGAAAUAGCAAAAUAGUAAAGCAAUUUAAACAGUAAGAACAAAACAGACGUUAAGCAGAUAUCAUCGUUAGCAUUUCUAGAUUAAUUUUAACUAAACGUUUUAGUCCGCAUAGUCAUUCUAACCUUGCUUAGAGGACUUAAAUAUUUCCCUAAAUUAACUUAAUUGUCUGUUCUUUGAUAGAGUAUUUGCGGCAAGCGUUAAAUCACUGACAAACAAGUUGUGGUGAAAAACCAGUUUUUUGGAUAUUUAGAUGAGUCAGAUAUGUUAUAAAACUAUUUAACUUUCUGUUAUAGCCUAAGGUAAGUAAAUCCAACCUUCCUACUCUUUUACAUUGCGUUUUUACAGCUUAAGAAGGAAGCAUAUUAAUUGUUUUUGAUAGGUGACAAAAUACUUCGUCUUUAUUCUUUUCAUCAAGUUUAUAGCAUAAACAUUUUAAUGUGAUUCAUCAAUACUAUGAGCUGUCAGUGUUUUUUAAUUUCUGGUUUGACCUGUAUCUUUAAAGUAUAAUCCACCUCUGGAAGUGUGCUAAUUGUCUACUUUAAAACAUAUUUUUGAAAGUAGUUUUUGGGAUUUUGUUUGACAUAACUUAUUAUCAGUUACAUUUUUAAAAUUUAAAGUUCAGGUUUUCCAUCAGAUAAACUGCUAUUACGCGUAAAUAAAUAGUUUCAACCAUUCUACACGAGUAUAAUAAGGAGAAAUUUAAAAGUUCAUUUGAUCGAUUUUAUGUGACUGGAUUUCUUUACGUUAUUGUAUCAGCAUGAAUGAUUUCCAGAAGUUAUUGUUAAUUUUUGGUGGAUUUAUUUCGUAUAUGCUGGCUGAUGGAUACACUUACUCAAUGGGUAUAUUGUAUUCGGAACUCAUGAGUGAUUUCCAUCUUAGCAGUGUUGAAGCUGCCAUCCUACCUGGAAUGAUUUUUUCAAUGCCUCAAUUUUUUGCACCCUUUCUGUGUCCACUACUUGACACUUAUGGAUUUUCAUCUGGUUCUGCAUGGGGUGCACUGUUAAUGUGGAUCGGAUGCUUUGUUUCCUCCUUUGCGAACAGUUUUCACGUUCUAUACUUGACUCUUGGAAUAUUGACCAGUAUUGGACUUCAAUUGACAUAUUUAUCCGCACUGAUGUCCGUAACUGCCCAAUUCGAAAACAGUUCAUAUUUCGGAUUAGCCAUAGGACUCACCAUGUGUGGUUCGGGUGUUGGUGCAUUUGCAUCGAAUUACCUUCUUGCUUGGCUCCUAAGUAUUUGGACUUGGCGUGAGGUAUUAUUGAUCGAAUCCGCCAUACUUUUGAACAUUUUGGUUACAGCAUCGUGUUCUCAUCAUUUAGAUGCAGAACUAAAUGCAAAAACAUUGGUAAAACAUGAGAUAGAAGAUAUAAAUCAUCAGAACAAGUAUCCUUCUGAAGCAGAUCUUCCCAGUGAUUGUUCAAUAACUAAAUACUUUUGGAAUAUAAUUCCAUUUUGUUUAUGUAUUCCAUCGUUAUUCCGGUUUCGAAAGUAUCCUUUACUUUCAUCUCAUUCAAAUAUUAUAAAGACCAAUGCUGAAAAUAGUGAUUAUGAUAUCGUCAGUAAAGAAAGAAUAAAUGGAAUGAGAUUUUCAAAUAGAUCAUUAUCAUUUGGAUGCCCACAAUUUUUACAAGAAUUCACUUCAAAUUUUAAAAAGUUAUUUUCACCAAAAUUAUGGAAAAAUCCUAAUUUUUUAUUUUAUGUAAUAGCUAAUGGUAUAGCUGGUGCUGGAGUUGUCAUACCAUGGACAUUUGUUUACGAUCAUGUUCUAACCACUCUGUAUUAUUUGAAUGAUCAAAAUUCAAUUGGAGAUAUAAACAAUCAAGAUAUCUCUUGGCUUCCAUCUUUAAUUGGAUUCGGUUUGCUAUUUGGUCAGUUGUUUUAUGGUCUGCUAACUUCUCAGUUUGGUGACAUCGGUACCUGUUUUAAAAAUAACAAUCAAGAUUCCAAAGUUGAAAAUGGUAGCACUUGUUGUCAACGAAAUUGCUUUCAAUCUAUCAAUAAAAAAUGUCAAUUGUCAAAGUAUCAAUUUCAUUUAGCAAUCUUCCUGAUAACACUUCUUUUAAAUAGCGCAUGUACACUAACUUUAGCUUUAGUCCCAUUAUGGUCUGUUCAAAGUGAAUCAAAGCACUUCGAAUUAUUCUCGCAUCAAGAAGGAAAAUUAUUAGCGUUGGCUUGCUUCUUUGUCGGCAUAUCGAAUGGUGGAUUGUACGUCAUGUUUCCGCAGUUAAUCAUUGAUAUUGUUGGUACUGAAUUAUGGUCUUCUGGACUUGGCAUAUUUUUAACUUUUAACGGUCUUAUGAAUUUGUGUGGAACUAAUAUUGGAGGCAAAAUAUAUGACACUAGAGGUUCAUAUCAAAUGGCACUUUUAAUCGCCGCAUUUCUGUCGCUAUUUGCUUUUCUUUUGGUCGUCAUGAAGGAGAUAUUCACGUGGUUAAUAAAGAGAUCUACGUUAUCUGCCAAUUCAGAUUAAAUGCAAAGACAAAUUUAUAUAUGAUUUUAUUUAUUCUAAGGAUUUAAGUGACAUUUUAAAAGUCUCUUUUUUACUGCAUAUUGUAUUGUUCACUAGUAAACUAUUUAAAGAUGGCCUCAUCAUAUC